GUUUUCUUUCAAUAUGUUUGACCACCCUAUACCCAGGGUUUUCCAGAACCGCUUCUCCACUCAGUACCGCUGCUACUCCGUGUCCAUGCUGGCUGGGCCAAAUGACCGCUCAGAUGUGGAGAAAGGGGGGAAGAUUAUAAUGCCUCCAUCUGCAUUGGAUCAGCUAAGCAGAUUAAACAUCACAUACCCAAUGCUUUUCAAGUUAACAAAUAAGAAUUCAGACAGAAUGACACAUUGUGGUGUUCUUGAGUUUGUAGCAGAUGAAGGGAUUUGCUACCUCCCGCACUGGAUGAUGCAGAAUUUACUAUUAGAAGAGGGAGGUCUGGUACAAGUGGAAAGUGUCAAUCUUCAGGUGGCCACAUACUCUAAAUUCCAGCCACAAAGUCCUGAUUUCCUCGAUAUCACAAACCCCAAAGCUGUAUUGGAGAAUGCUCUGAGAAAUUUUGCCUGUCUUACGACUGGAGAUGUAAUCGCUAUAAAUUACAAUGAGAAGAUUUAUGAACUUCGGGUCAUGGAAACAAAACCAGACAAAGCAGUAUCCAUUAUUGAGUGUGACAUGAAUGUGGAUUUUGAUGCUCCGCUGGGUUACAAGGAGCCAGAAAGGCAAACACAACAGGAAGAGCCAACUGUACGGUUAAAAUUUUCCAGUAAAUUGAGAUUGCCCUAG